UGCAAUUGUUAAAAAAGGAAAAAGUACAGGAAGAAUUAUUGGAAAUUUAUGGUACGGAAACUAUAAAAUCAGCACCAAUUAAAUAUGACGAUUUACAACAUAUGCAUUAUUUGGACCGAGUUAUCAAGGAAACGAUAAGAAUUUUUCCUCCCAUCCCUCUAAUUGCACGACAAGUUACAGAAGAUUUAAAAAUAGGAGAAGUUACUUUACCAAAAGGCACAAAUAUUGUAAUACCAAUUUUUAAGAUGCACCGAAACAAAAAAUAUUGGCCGAACCCAUUAAAGUUUGAUCCAGACAGAUUUCUUCCAGAAAGAACAAAAAGUCAAUCGUAUUAUUACAUACCUUUUAGUGACGGACCAAGAAAUUGCAUAGGUAUGAAAUACGCAAUGAUGUCUAUGAAAGUUAUCUUAGCAACGUUGGUACGAACAUUCGUAUUCAAAGUAAAUAAAAGCGUUGAGAUAGAUGAAAUAAAAUUGAAGUUUAGAACGAUAUUAUCUACUGAGAAGCCUUUGAAAGUUAAAAUUGAGAAACGAUAUUUCUAAUAAAAUAACGUAAAUAUA